AUGGCGCACGAAGCCCUAGCUAUCGGGAUCCUCUCCAUCCUUGUUAUCCUCUACCGCUAUCUCAAUAAAACUGAUACUCCCAAAAUCAAAGGGUUGCCCGAAAUUCCUGGCGUGCCCAUAUUUGGGAACCUGAUCCAACUCGGCGGGAAUCAUGCCAAAGUAGCUGCGGAAUGGGCUAAACAAUACGGUCCUGUUUUCCAAGUGCGAAUGGGCAAUAAGAGAAUCGUAUUCGCAAACAGCUUUGAAUCCGUCAAACAUCUAUGGGUCAAGGAGCAAUCAGCUCUCAUCUCUCGUCCAACUUUCCACACUUUUCACAACGUCGUCUCGAGUAGCCAGGGAUUCACCAUUGGAACCUCACCCUGGGACGAAUCAUGCAAACGUCGACGCAAAGCUGCUGCCACGGCUCUGAACAGACCCGCUGUUCAGAGCUACAUGCCCAUCAUUGACCUAGAAGCAACCACAAGCAUUCAAGACAUGUACCGGGACAGUCGUAAGGGGCAAAUCGACAUUAACCCGAUCCCCUAUUUUCAACGAUACGCGCUCAAUACCAGUUUGACGCUAAACUAUGGAAUUCGCAUCGAUGGCAACAUAGAAGAUAGUCUCUUGCGAGAGAUUGUCGCUGUUGAGCGCGGUGUUUCGAAUUUCCGGAGUACGAGUAAUAAUUGGCAGGAUUAUGUGCCGUUGUUGCGUCUGUUUCCCAAGAAGAAUAAUGAGGCUGAAGAAUUUCGGGCUCGGCGGGACAAGUAUCUGACUCAUUUACUCAACCUGUUGAAGGAGAGUAUUGCGAAUGGGACGGAUAAGCCUUGUAUUACGGGGAAUAUCUUGAAGGAUCCGGAGGCGCAACUGAAUGAAGCCGAAAUCAAAUCUCUCUGUCUCUCUAUGGUAGCUGCUGGUAUUGACACGAUCCCUGGAAAUUUGGUUAUGGGUCUGGCAUAUCUGGCGUCAGAGGAUGGGAUGAGGAUUCAGAAAAAGGCAUACGAGGAGAUCAUGAAGGCCUAUCCUGACAAUGACGCUUGGGAUAAGUGUCUUGUCGAAGAAAAGGUGCCCUACAUCACAGCGUUGGUCAAAGAGAUUCUCCGCUUCUGGACCGUAAUCCCCAUCUGUCUGCCACGGAAGAGUGUCAAGGACGUCACAUGGAACGGUGUUGUGAUUCCAGCCGGUACAACCUUCUUCAUGAAUGCUUGGGCAGCCGACUACGACCCAACAUACUUCAAAGAGCCCGAGAAAUUCAUCCCAGAACGCUACCUCGAUACCCCUGAAGCCAACCAAGGCACUCCUCACUAUGGUUACGGAGCCGGAUCCCGCAUGUGCGCCGGUUCUCACCUCGCCAACCGAGAACUCUACACAGCUUUUAUCCGUAUCAUCACAGCUUUCACUGUCCACCCUCCUCAGAAUCCGGCUGAUUACCCAAUUCUGAAUGCAUUGGACUGCAACUCUAUACCUACGGCGCUGACCACGGAGCCGAAGCCGUUCAAGGUUGGACUCAAGGCGCGUGAUCCGGUGUUGUUGGAACAAUGGAUUGCUGCUAGUCAGGAGAGGACCAAGAAUCUUUGAGUGAUCAUAGGCAGGAGGGUGGCCGUUAUGCAGUAUUAAUGACCUUAGAGAUACAUGUAAGUCUGGCAUGCCCUAAUUUCUUUUCGGCCAUGAAUUCCCAAUACUAUACGAUACUCGGAUCAGUGAAUUUUUCUUACAACUUUGCGU